AUGUACGCCUUAUCUCGUAUGUAUUUCAUUAACUCAUUCGAUUUCCUCAGCUCCUGCACCUCUACCCACUGCCUGAACAACGGUACAUGCUCCAACACCACCGGCUCAUAUCGUUGUCUCUGCCCGCCGACGUUCCAUGGACCAUUCUGCCAGUUCGAUGUCAAUGCUACCAACUAUAGCUGGAGUGCUUUGGAGAUCGCAUUACUGUUUUUCGUCGUCUUCAUGAUAGCGUUUGCUAUAUUCAUCGUCUGUUGCGCAUCUUCUAACCGAAUGGGUUUCUACAUCAGCGUCCCAAACAAACACUACAACAGAUGGGCCGAGGAAGACGAUAUGUUUGAUGACCUCCCAACGGAGAAUGGGGAGCAGCUUAUGGCAAUGGCAGACAUAAGAAAAGGAAUCGUGGUAUCCAGAACUAGAGAAACAGUACUUGAAGAUCUAGAGGAUUCAGCAAUACUCCAGUUAUGA